UCAACCAGCCGUCAAGCCGUGUUUGUAUUUUGAUUCAAAGAAUAAAAAAUAAUAUAAUCACCAGACUUGUAAAAAGAACUGAAAUUACUUAUCUUUCCACUGAUAAACAGUUAUAAAACAGAAACAUGAUGGAUUUAAAAACCUUUGCUGAAGAUGACUUUGAUGCUAAAAAAUGGAUUAACAGAGCUUGGAGUUCUAGUGGUAAUCAAGAGAAAGAGGACUUUGUUACAAAUACUGUUACAAGAUUGCAGCUCUAUAUGAAACAAUUGAGUAACUCAUUAGACGAAACAACCACACAGAUAGUAACAUCAGUACCAAGGGUUCUGCAAGAUGCGUCAGCUCUGCAAGUAGAAGGUGCGUUACUGCAGCAGAAGCUGUUGACCUUGGAAGACCAGGUUCAGGGUGUGGAACAGCAGACGGGACAGUCUAUUGAAAGUCUUCAGAGAAUUGAUAGAUUGAAGAGUCGGCUUGAGAUAGCGGCAUCAGCUCUCCGUGAGGCUGACAAAUGGGCAGCAUUAGCAGCAGCAUUGGAAGAUAUCUUGGAGACAGGUGUGCCGACCAGCGGGGAGAAGUUGGCUCAGUUGGCAGAACAAGUAGCCGCUAUGACUGCUAGUCUUGAGGUAUUAAGUGAUGCCCCCGACUAUGAGUACAAGAGAGUACAAUUAGAGACAUUGUACAAUAGACUGGAAGCGGCAGUCAGCUCGCCCUUUAUUGAUGCACUAACGCAGAUGGAUGCUGGUAAGUGAUGCCAGUAUUAAUAAAGUUAACUAGCUGUUCCCUUGCGACUUUAUCCGCAUAGAAUUAUGAAAAUUUUGUUU